AAAAAUGAAAUAAAUAUGGAAAUCGAAUUUAACAAAUUCAAUAUAAACCCUAAUCCCAAUUCUCUGACUUUAUUUUCUCUUUGCAAGAAACUAAAGCUUCUUUCUUUCACCGUGUAAACAACAACAAUGGAUUCUUCAAUGUCGACGAAGAAGAAAACCAAAUUGUCUGUGAGAAACCAAACUUGUUUCAAGAAAUCGUCUCUUUCUUCUUCUUCUACUGCAAAAAAGACCACGAAUUUGUCUAUGAGAGAAGAGACCAUGUUUAAGAAAGCCUUGGAGCUUUCAACUCUGUGCGACAUCGAAGUCUGUGUCAUAUAUUAUGGUCGUGACGGAGAACUCAUCAAGACAUGGCCGGAAGAUCAAUCCAAGGUUCGAGACAUGGCUGAGAGGUUUAGCAAACUACACGAGAGAGAGCGACGCAAGAAAAGAACAAACCUUUCUCUGUUUCUACGUAAAAAGAUCCUCGACGACAAUAAAUUGUCGGAGAAAGUCUUAGAGAUGAAGGAUUCGCUAGAAAGUGGUCUACGGGUAUUACAAGAUAAGCUUCUGUUACUCCAACCCGAGAACCAGACCGAGCUAGGUCAGAGCCGUGCGGUUUCUUCCACAACGAAUCCAUUGUCUUCUCCUGAGGAUCAUCAUCAUCAACAAUGGACAGAACCAUUGGUGACUGGUGUGUCAAACACAGAGCAAGACCUAUCGACGUCACCAUUGAGUAACCAUCAGAGCAAAUAUUCAGUCUUUGUCUAUAACCAUGACAGCGGAAGCUUCUAUCAAGUCCCUGACUCGAUCUGUUUCUAG